AUGGCAGCGCCGGCGAGCCACAGCGGCGGCGGCGAGCGGAGCCCAACCAGCAGCCCCCGGAGCUCGACAGUGGCCCGGGACGCCGCGGCGGGAGCCCGGGACGGCCGGGACGUGGGAGCCAGGAGCGCAUCGGUGACGGUCCCCGGCCUCCCUCCGCUUGAGGACUACGAGUGCAAAAUCUGCUACAACUACUUCGACGCAGACCGGCGCGCGCCCAAGCUGCUGGCGUGCCUGCACACCUUCUGCCAGGAGUGCCUGAGCCGGCUGCAGCUCCGCGCCGCCGCUGCCGCCACCGCCGCGUCCGAGCGCCCGCUGCGCCCGCCGCCCUGGCACGGGCCGCCCAGCGCCAUCGCUUGCCCCGUGUGCCGCCACCGCACGCCGCUGCCCGACAGCCGCGUGUACGGCCUUCCCAAUAACACCAAGCUCGCCGAGGCCUUCCCGCUGGCCCUACGCGCCGCGCACGACCCGCUGCCCCAGGACCGCCUCCUGCCGCUGCCCGCACGCCACCCAGCGCCCGCCGCGGCCCCGUCGCCCGCCCCGGCCCCGCCGCGGCCGCCGGCCGCCGGGGACGCGGCCCGAGGACCAAGCUCCAGCGCCGGCCUGCGCGCCCCGGGCUCCUACGAGAGCUGCCAGAACUGCAAGCGCGCCGCGCUCACCGCGGGCUGCGUGUGCGUCGUCUUCUCCUUCCUCUCCAUGGUGGUGCUGCUCUUCACCGGCCUCAUCUUCGUCAACCACUACGGCGGCGGCGGGCCUCCCCCGGGGGGCGGGACGUCCCCUGAUGCGGCCCCGGCAGCCGGUUUGCCCUUGCCUUCGCCCGUGGGGCCCAUCUGCCUGUCGGUGGCCAGCAUCCUGGCGCUCUUCUCGGUCGUCGUCACUUGGGUUAUCUGCUGGCUCAAGUACCGGCCCGAGGGCGCGGCCACGGGCUCGGCUGGGGGCGGCGGCGGCGGCCCGAGGGCGCGGGCGGCGGCGGAGGCGGGCGGCGCGCGGAGAAGCGACACGUAGUGGGGACACACGCCUGGCCUCCCUCGCAUACCUCCACCGCGGUCCGAGAGGAGGGGGCCUCUGGCCCGGUGCUCUUGAGCUUCUCCGCCCUCUGCGGAGGGCGGCCCCCGGCCGCUCACCCCCUCACCGCCCGGUCACGGCAGAGCUUCGGUUUUCCGCGUCUCUGGCCUUUCAAGUCCACGCUUCCGCGCUGGGCCAGAGAAGGAAACCGAGGAGGCGGGGAUGCUGGUGGCAGUCCCAUCUCCCUGGACUGUGCAAGGUCAACUUCCGCUUCAUGCACCACCCUCAUCCUCGCCAGAGUGCACAGCCAUCCCUCCCUGGGGUCCGAGGAUUUGCAAGAAGACGAGGAAGGAGCAGUGGGAUGCCCGCUGCCCCGCCUGGAAGAUGGUUUUCUGGAUGCUGUGACUUGCGAGUUUCUUUAAGGGUAUAGGUGCUAGCUCACGUCUGCAGCAGUUGUGAAUGGACCUAAAUUGUCCAGAGGAAGCAUGAAUGAGAUGUAAACGUGAACGGUUUCCCUGCUUCCUGGAGGCCAUGGCGAGUGAGUGAGCCGGAGCGCUGAGAGUGACGUUCAACCCCCGGGGGCACGGCGCUGGCCUGAGUUGGGAGGCUGCAGCGACCAACAGUCCGCAUUAAGUGAGCGAUUGGGCAGGUGCUCAGCGCGCGUGCGCGCUCACAUCUGCCGCUGGAGUCUUCGGAGCACAGCAAGGGUGGCGCGCACAGGGCGGUGGAUCCGUCUGCUAGCGGCCCGACAGAGUCCAGAAGUUACAUCUCCUGGAAACUUGUGAUUGUUUUAUUCACGGUGUUGCUACCAGGAAGUCAUUUCAUCUUCUGUAACUGGGCUCAGGGAGCUUAACGAGCCCGUUCUCUCUUCGCUUCUCAAAGCUGACUUACUGUUGCCCCCACCUGGAAGAUAUUGAAAGCUAUUCACGCGGAAUAGAAACUGUAGGCUUCCCCUGCCUUUUUUCUUAAUUUCAUUUUUAAAAUAAUUUAUUUUAGAAUAUAUAAAUCUGGAAAUUUUGUGCAUUAAGAUUUAUGGAAAAGUUGUUUGAUAAGCAGUAAUAUUUCUCCCGUACCUCUAGUCCAAAUACAUUCCAAAAGUAGGGGCGGCAGUAAAGGCGUGUUGGUAAUUGAUUCAAGAUUUUAUACUGUAAAACAACUGACUUUCAAUUAUCUGAUCAAAUAGAAAAUACUGCUCAAAAAACGAAACUGACAAAUCAACUGACAGGUCUUUCAUCCUUUGAUUACAAAUAUAUAUUAUACUUAUCAGAAAAAUAUUAUUUUGAAUUCAGCUGUUUGAUAUUAUUAGAAAUCACUGAAAUGUUCACAUCUGAUCACAUUAGAUGAAAAAGAACACGUACCUAUCCGAUUUUGUAACUAAAAAGACGAAUUGAGAGUGUAUGUUGCAGGUGGAUUAGAUGUUUUAGAAAGAAAAAAACCCUGAAUUGUUCCAAAUGUAUUUUAUAUGAAAACAUUCUUUAUUCCAUCUUCUGAAAUUUGGAAUAAGACAAAGUUUUCAUGCCUAAAAAUCACAGAAGCUACUGAGGGUAUGCUGUUAUUCCUCAUGUAUUUAUGCAAGCUGUCUGCAUGAUAUCUUGACACUAUUAACCGAACUUGAAUGGAGCACUUGUAUCUAUCAUAGAGUGAAGUAAUUUAUGGGCCGCUGAUAAGUGGUAUGGCUGCAAUUUAGGAAUUGCAAUAUAGUAUGUUGUGUGUCUGCACUGUCAAUAAAAACAAGAAGCAUUUAUAGAAAAAAUCUGUUUUCAUGAAA